CCAACCCCCACACUCAUCUUACUUUCUCCGCAAACUUAUCUCUUCUCUUCAAUCUCAGUCUCGUAGUUCAGUCUUUUCGUCUCUGUUUCUAUUAUCGUAGCUUUAAGCUCUCAACCAUGGCGGUCGAUCUAGUGAGUUUUCCUAAGAUUGAUGAUCAGAUGGUUAUACAGGAAGCUGCAUCGCAAGGAUUGAAGAGUAUGGAGCAUCUGAUUCGUCUUCUUUCUCACAAGAAAACUUCAAACCAUGGCGAUUGCUCUGACCUAACCGAUGCAACUGUUCUGAAGCUUAAGAAAGCGAUCUCUCUCCUUAAUCGGACUGGUCACGCUAGGUUCCGGCGAGGUCCGGUUUCUUUCUCCUUCUCAUCGCCGAUAUCUGGUUCAUUUCCUCAUCUCUCUGUUCCUCAAGAUCAGACGAUGAGUCUCGCUCCUUCUCUGUUUACUUCGCCGGCAACGAUUUCUGCUCCGCCGCAGGCGAAUAUCGUCUCUGCAGCGGCGAACUUGCCUCAGUCGCAGCCUCAGAGUUUGACUCUUGAUUUCACCAGGCCGAAUAUUUUGAACCCUAACCCUAAGGGAACUGAUUUAGAAUUUUCUAAGGAAACCUUCAGCGUCUCUUCCAGUUCCCCUUUGAAGUCCUCUGCCAUUACUGGAGACGGAAGCGUAUCCAACGGAAAAGUAGGAACGGCCUUGUUUCUGGCACCGGCACCGACUGCUUCCGGUGGAAAACUGCCGCUCUCUGCGGAGGCGUGCAAGAAGAAGUGUCACGAACAAGAUCAUUCCGAAGAUUUGUCCGGGAUAAUCUCUGGAUCGAAAUCUGGUUCCGGCAAGUGCCAUUGCUCAAAGAAAAGAAAACAUCGUAUGAAGAAGACGAUUCAAAUCCCGGCUAUUAGUUCGAAAAUCGCCGACAUUCCAACGGACGAGUUCUCGUGGAGGAAAUACGGUCAGAAGCCGAUCAAGGGAUCUCCAUACCCGCGAGCAUAUUAUAAGUGUAGCACGAUGAGGGGAUGUCCGGCAAGGAAGCACGUGGAGAGAAAUCCGAAGGAUCCGGCGAUGUUGAUUAUUACGUAUGAAGGGGAGCACCGCCAUACGCCGAGCUCGUUGCUGGAAAAUAGGGCCGCCGGAGUGUCUUUAGCUUUGGACUCAACUUGAAGCUAGAAAAAAAAAAA